GCGGUUCGCCCUGCUGCGGUGGGGUCCCGGCAGAGGAAAGACGGGCCGGGGCCCGAAGCCCGAACGUGGAAAAAGCUCUGCCCAGACCAGCCAUGCAAUACCAGCCGUCGGGGUCGGCCUCUCUGCCCCCUCUCUACGCGCCCACCCCGAUGCUGCAGCCGGUGCACCCCACGCCCUUUUACAUCGAAGACAUCCUGGGCAGGGGGGUGCCGGGGCCGCCUCCCCCCACCUUGCCGUCGCCCAAUUCCUCCUUCACCAGCCUGGUGGCUUCCUACCGGACUCCCAUCUACGAGCCGACGCCGAUCCACCCGGCCUUCUCACACCCCCUGGCUGCAGCCACCUACGGGAGCGGCCCCUACGGCCCUGCGGCCGGGCCGCCCCUCUACCCGUUUCCCCGCGCAGUCGGCGAUUACUCGCACGCCCUCCUCCGCCACGAUCCCCUGGGGAAGCCGCUGCUGUGGAGCCCCUUCAUGCAGAGGCCGCUGCACAAGCGGAAAGGAGGCCAAGUGCGCUUUUCCAACGACCAAACCAUCGAGCUGGAGAAGAAGUUCGAGACGCAGAAAUAUCUCUCCCCGCCGGAACGGAAGCGCCUGGCGAAAGUGCUGCAGCUCAGCGAGAGGCAGGUUAAAACAUGGUUCCAAAACCGGCGAGCAAAAUGGAGGCGUUUAAAGCAGGAGACCCCUCAACCCAACAAAAAAGAGUCAGAAAGUGGAGAAAGUCUUCAGACUUCCAAACAAGAAAAUUGCUUGAGUCCUGAGAUGGAUAAGGGAGUUUCUCCACGUAGGCCACAAUAUACCCCUUCACCUGUCUCCCAAGAAGAGUUGGAUUCGGACAUCUCAGAUGAUUCAGAUCAAGAGGUGGACAUUGAGGGAGACAAAGGCUAUUUCAACGGUCCCCAUCUGUAGCACUUGAAGAUGGACUUUCCCUCUAUUUGCACUUUAAGAGGAACUGGCUUGACAAAAACAAUCAGUGCUAAAAAAAAGGGGUUUUCUCUUCUCUUUCAGUUGGAUGGAGAAAGAGGGAAGGAAUAACAAACUCUGUAAAUAAUUGUCAUUGUGUUUGUCGAGACAAUCCAUUUGAUAAAGGAGUAGAUCCUUUCAUGACUGGAAGGGAAUCCUAUAUUUGCGUUCCUCUAUUUGUACUGGGAUUGAUUUUGUAUCCUAGCCCAGAAUGCUGCAUUCUCCUCCAUGAAUUUAAACAUCAAGAUCCUUAGACCACAGGGAGAAAAAAGAACAAUUACAACAGGGAACAACACGAAAAAGGAAUUUUCUGAUGUCUCAAGGAAAAUUUUAGUUCUUUGGAUGCAUCCUUUUGCAGAGAUCUCACAAAUGUAAUAGUAUGCAGAAUGAAAUCAGUUUUGCAUGGGUCAUAAGAGUAUCCUUCAUGAAAGUACAUAUUCCAUUAAAAUAACCUUUCCUGAGGUAUGGAAAAUAAUGUAUGAGACAUUUAUUAGGUGUGUAGCAAGGUCUUAAAUAAUACAAAUAAUAGUAGGAAAAUGAAAAGGAACUUUAUUUUGGGUUGAUUUGAGAUAUGAACAGUCUAAGGAACUUGAUAUUGGCCUAUACUAACCAUGCUCACUAGUCCAAGGUCGGAAGGGAGAAACUAUGGUUAUACAUUCACUUAUCAUGUUUAGUCAUAAUAUAGAUUUUUGGUUUGUAGAUCCUAGUUUGUGGUCUGUUUUUUAAUCCAACUACUAUAGCCUAUUCAAGAACCCAUGCCUAAAACCAUGCCUUUGAAUGAAUUAUGAAUCCAGAUUGUGUGAAAUGAUUCUACCUGUGUACAGUAUCCUAGAACAAGGAAGAAUCCUAAAAAGGCCUUAUUCACUAAGAUGUUAUGUAGUUUGUUUUCUUUUAGCUUAGUGUGAUCUAUAAGUCAACUAUAAUGUUGUGUAUGAUGUAGAUCAUUAGAGCAUGUUCAAAAUCCUGGCUGGGUUCCCAUUCUUUGUGGCUUAGAAUCUUACAUUGACACAGCCAGUGUGGUUUAUUUAGCAGAGUUUACUUGUUGUAUGAUUUCAGUAAACAAUGGCUAAAGAAUACCAGAGACCAACAGAUCAGAACGAAGAAGCUUCGUGAAUGAGAAGUGAAACAUUUUAAAGAAAAAACAAAGUCCAGUUGCCUUUUGAAAAAGCACCUUUGGGACAACUGUGACCUGGAUGAUUGAGAAUCUCCAUAAAUAUUUACCAGAUACCUAUAGACACUAACUUUGUUUUUUUCAAACUGUUACCCUCCAGAUGUGUUGGGCUACAGCUAUAUCUGUUCCCAAACCACUUCUAUAGCCCAAUCCAUCUGAAUGGGAACCAGAUUAAUGAAGGCUGCAGAGGACAGCACAAUGGAAAUAUUACUAUGCACCUCCAAGCAGGUCUUUGUCUUUACAACUAACACUAUUACAUGUCCAUUUAAAUAUAAGCCCCAUUAAUUCAGUGGGAUUUAUGUCCCAGAUGUAUAUAAAAUUGAAGGCUAUUUUUAAAAAUAUUCAGUAUAUAUUUCAUUUAUUUUAAUACAUUUUUAAAAUGUUAUAUGUAUGAGUACAUAUGUUUAUAUGUAUGCUCUUAAAGAUGGAGACUAAAACAAAACUAAUGGAUUUGGUUACUUGCCCUUUAUGUUUUGCUAACUAUUUUUAUAUAAGGAUCUGUUGUGUUUAAGUAAAGCUUGCCUACACAUUACAUUCUGAGAGUCCAGAGAAGCCAUGUACGCUAAGAAAUGCCUACACAAAAACUUUAAUGAGAUUGUCUUUCUAAAUGUGAUAGUCUAUUGCCUUUCUUUUGCUUGCACCUAUUUGCUCUGCAUUUUAAAGAGCCUGGCUCAAAAAGAAGGCAUCCUCAAUUUAAGCUUUAUCUUGCUAACUGCACCCAUGAAGGUUCGUAGGUAAUCUUACUGAAAUAAUUUGCCAUGCACUUCUUCUGGAACGAUUUUUCAACUUCUGCCCAAUAGUGAUGGAUUUCCAACCAGGCCACAAGCAAAAUCCUUACCUAGUUGACGAUUAUGAAACUAUCUGAUGGAUAUAAGAUGCUGAAAAGAAAUUUUCAGCAAAUGCAUUUAGGGUUUGUCUAAUACCAAGUCAUACUGUUCAGCCAUAAAACAUGAUCUACAGUAUACAGUGGUAAUUAUGCCAAUGAAUUCUGGCAUCUUGAUCUGAGGGGACUGCAAAAUGAUUGCAUAUGGCCCUGGAACCAGAGUUUGCUGACUUGGUGAAUUGCUUGUACCACGGUUUUUAAAGUAUAUUUCUAUGGCCAAGAAAACCUGCAUCCUGAAACUGGCCACCACGUGGUUCAUUCCAUGUGGGUGGCCUAACACUCUUUUUGUAACUUCUUAAUAUCUUGAGGUUGCUGAAAUAUGGCAGAGUAGGAGUUUUCAGUGGUUCAGUUUUCCCUUCCCCAAAAUAUAGGAUGUGAAUAAAGUAGGAAGCAAACUUGUAUUCAUUUUCCCCAUUAAAAAGUUCCAAUCUAUUAAAUAUUCUGAUUAGAUUAUUUUGCUGCCAAACUUGGGUGACAUAGUUUUGAGGAAGUGAGGGUAGCAGAAGCUAGAAACAAGAUUUCUAGAGCCAUUUUGAUCUAGUGGUUAAGAUACAGUACCAGGUUACAAAGCAAGAGAUUGUGAGUUCAAGCCCAGCCUUAGCCAUGAAAGCCAGCAUGGAUAUGUUUGCUGCCUUGAGUUGUUUGUAAAAAUAAUAAAGACAGGAUAUAAAUAAAUGAACAAAAAAAUAGAAAUAAGAGUACAUUGGCUUCCAGAGGUUGCCAUUCCUAUCCUUAUUCCCCCCCCUCCACCAAUUGGAUAAAAACAGGCCAUUCUUUUGUUUCAGGAGGUUUUAAGAGUAAGAAUAGUUUGAUUUUCAAAUUUCUCUGUUCAAUAUUCCCAUCUUUAAACAACCCUCCUAACAAUCAAAAAGGGCUGAAAAAAAUAAUAUUGUUACUGGUCAAUGUCCUGCAGUCAUCCAAAAAGUUGAGCAGCUGAGUGUGUCUCAUUGCCCGCUGCUUAUUCAUGGCUUAACUCAGGAGUACACAUCCUCCCUAUCCCAAAUAUUACAGCUGCCUAAACACUGGUAAAAAAAUCAGUCUUGUUUUACUGAUAGAUGAGAAUAUUUAUAGCUCAGGGUUGAACUGUGGGAUCCUUGGUGUUCUCUGAGCUUGGUGCUUUUUCUUUCCUAGUUUCAUUAUCAAAUUAAGUAACAACAUCAGUGCUAGAAGGGAGUGGGGGGAGGUUGCCUGUUACAUGAAAAAAAUCUAUGUUGUGUCUUUGUACCUGUUGUACAAUAAAUAAAAUCAUAGAAGGGGAUCUAUCAUAACCUAUUAUGCAGAACCAAAGGUAUGGGCAAGAAACCAAAGUUACUGUGCACACUGUCAUAUUCUUCUGCUCUCUGGUAACCCCUAUUUAUCCGAGGCCAUGUGUGUUCAGAUUUAGAGUAGCCACAAUUGUUGGUCUGCAAGAACUGGAAUUGGAAAUAAACUUGACAUUCUAAUUUCUGCAAACCAAGAACGUGUUGAUUAAUGAAAGAUGAAUUAAAUCUUGCAACUGUGGGCAGUUGCAGGUGGCAAGGGACUUUGUGUGCAUCACAAUCUUAUCAGACAAAUGAUGCACAAGACAUAAUUCGCAUCAUUUGCUCAAAGAUGUGCUAUCCAUGACAUCAAGACUUUUGACCACCUGUGCUUUCAUCUUAAAGGACCACUUGCAAUAGGGAAUAAUUUUACAAUGCAUUUACUCUUUUAACUUGCUACAGAAAUUUAGUUAUAUGACCAUAGCCAAAGAGUAGGAUGAUAGAUACUGUAUUUUUAUCCUUCCUGCUGCUAUUUUUGUUGUGUAAUUGUUUCAUUUUUAUGUUUAAUCACAGAAAAUUAUAAUAUUGGAGACUUUUGGAUUUACUUGUGAAAUAAAACUUGGCCAGUGCCCAUCCCA